AUGGCGGUAAUUUAUUAGAUAUCUUAUGUUCAAUAUUGUAUUAAUUCUUAGCAUUAUUGUUAUAUUUGAUCGUUUUUAUUGUUAUUUUAUAUUAUUAAUCAAUCAGAUUUUUGCUUCAAAAUAAUAGUUUAAAUUCUAGGCCAUCGUAAUUUAUACCGCCGAAAUAAAAUUACCGGUGUUGUUGUUCAUUUUUGUUGAGCUGACCACCUUACGCUCAAAAGAUGGCGGAGAAGAAGAAAGAAGGUGAACCCGAAGGUGAAGAGGAAUUUUCUGUGGAAAAAGUAUUAGAUCGGCGUGUAAGAAAUGGAAAGGUGGAAUACUUUUUAAAAUGGAAAGGCUACAGUGAUGAGGAUAACACUUGGGAGCCCGAAGAAAAUCUUGACUGUCCUGAUCUUAUUCAAGCCUUUGAAGAAGCUAGAAAGAAAAAAGAAGCAGAGGGCAAAGUUAGUAAAACUGACAAGGAUUCAAAGAAAAGAAAAUCUGCUGCAGCAACUCCUGAUCUAAAAGGGGCAAAAAAAAGCAAAAGCGAUGACAAGAAAGCUUCCGGAUUUGACCGUGGCUUGGAACCAGAAAAAAUUAUAGGAGCGACAGACAGUAGUGGAGAGUUAAUGUUCCUCAUGAAAUGGCAGGGUACUGAUGAGGCUGAUCUGGUACCGGCGAAACAAGCGAAUGUACGAUGUCCACAGGUUGUGAUACAGUUCUAUGAGGAAAGGCUAACGUGGCACACGCCAGCAGCAGAUGAGGGCACUAAUGAUGAAUAGGUAUAUCAUUCCACGAAGAAAAGCUAAUAAUGCAAGAUACAUUAGUUAUAUAAUAGCAAGUAAAUAGUUUUUUAAAACAACUUAUUGGAGUUAUAACAUUUUUAAGCAAUUAACUAACAUCGUAUAGGCUGUUUGUUGUAUUAUUAAAAAAGUCUCAACCAGUGAUUAUAGAAUUUUAAUAUAAAACAAAACAUCUGUUGCUUUUCUGGACAACAUUCUUAUAAGAAUAUUAGACAUCUGAAAAUGUAUUGAUACAUUACUACUAGAGCUGGAUCUAAAGUGAUUAUAAUUCGUUUUAAAUAUAGUAUAUGCAAGAGUCCACGUUUUUUAUAUUGUUAAACAAAUAUAUAUUAAUAUUAUAUAACAAUUGGUUUUUGACACUAGAAAAAUUGACUAUAGCUUCAUUUUCUUUAAGUAUUUAAAGAUUUUCUUUGACAUCUCAAAGUUAAGUUU